UCAAAUAGUGACACAAUGAAAGUGAAACAAGGAACAUUUCUAUGGUAUCUCUACUUAGAUAAAAUAUAUUGUUUACUAUCUGUGAGAAACGUCAAAGCAGUGUCAGAAUAUUUCCAUAUUUUGGAUGUGCACAAACAGCACACUCUGAAUGACGUGGUCUUCUAUCAUUUUCUUCAUCAUGUGACUGACUUGAACAAGAACCAAAUUAUGAUAGUGUUUGAUAUGCUGGAUUGGGAUGCCACAGGAGAGAUCGGCUUUGAUGAAUUCUACAUGCUCAUUUGUGUCUUACUAUCACACGAGAAUCACUUGGAAGAGCGGUUUAUUUAUCGACAUUCCCGGCCUGUAUUUGAGCUGCUUGACAGAGAUGGGGAACUCAAAGUUAGGUUAAGGCAGUUCGAAGCUUUCCAAUUCCUCUUCAAUUUCAGGAAGCAGGAAAUGAAACAGAUCUUCAAGAACUUUGAUGUUACAGGUGAUGAACGUCUUAAUUACAAAGAGUUCAAGUUGUUUACUAUCUUCUGCCUUGACAAACAUCAGGAGAGGGAGAAAUUGGAGAGAAAUAAACAUCUGCUCAUGAAACAGAAAACUCUCUUUGCAAGGUGGAGAGAGGAACACAGAACCAAGAAAUGAAUGUUUUUAUUAUUAAAAAUAGAUUUGAAUAUACAAAGUCGAAAACUUGGAAUUUACUUCUUCCAUGGGAAAUUACAAGGAGGGUGAAAUCAAACGUUCAUGCAAGUAAUCAAUAUAGGCAUGUUCACAAAAUUUGGAGGUGUGACACCAGAGCAAUGUAACCCACAGGAGUCACUCAAGAUAGUACAGUACUGAUUAGAAUUAUCACCAAUUUCUCCAACUAGACAUGCCCCAGUUAUCUCCUGCUCAAUAACCUAAUCAGACACCAUCCUUACUGGAAGGCUGAAGACUGACAAGGACAAAAUGUUCCUGGUUUAUCACAGGUCAAGGGACUAUACCUUAAUUAUAAAGAUCUGAGGUUUACAUUCUUCUCAGGGUCACAUUGCUCUUUGAAAAAAAAAAAAGUCAGAUGCAUACAAAAGAAAUCCCUUUACUUUUCAGGCCCUAUUCACUCAUUUGUACUCAGCUCCUGUUUUUUAAAUUGGUUGUAUAGACACAGCUAAGUUGCCUGUGCCAGGACAUGGACCUAAGGUUCAUGAUUAAUCAUUUUUUAAAUCUAUUUUUUUUCCAUUUCAUGGGAAAAAAACAAAAACAAAAUGAAAGCCUUUUUCUUUGGUACUGGAAGGCAUCAUAAAUUUCAUUUGUUUACAUCUGCCCACCCUGCCCAAUCUUGAAGAAAGCUGUAAUCACUGGCUAAACCUGUUCUUUUAUUAUGAACAAUUUCAAGUUCUUUUAAAAAAAAAGGUUUUGGAAACUUAAAGGAUUUUCAUUAUGGAUUAGGAAUGAGGAAGAAUUAAUUUUCCUUCUCUAGCACCUAUUUUAACAUCGCACCCUCUCAUCAUGAUUUCUAAUUACCAGUGUAGCAUUUUUCAUUGAUCCGAACUGAUGUUUCAUUGACGACUUUUGCUUCUGUACGAAUAUUUACUGUUACCUUCAAAAUGAAUUUGGGGAAGAUCAAGAUUUACAGAAAUAUACUCCCAGAUCCCCUUCAUUCCAUUCCUUUAGAGUUUUGUUAUAAUGGCUGAUCACCUGGACUCCCAUGACGCCUAAUCAUUAAAGGAGUGAAUUGUGUACUUUACCCUACUAUAUAUGUAGAUGCCUCUGUGUUAAACAUGAAAAUCUCAAUUUUGAAUUUCCCCUUUUGAUAACACAGAUUUUCAUGAAAUAGAAAGUUAAUCUUUCACUAAUAACAUUCUCCUACUUCACUCAAUAAAACAUGGAAACAAAUCAUUCAUUCUCUUAAAAUUAAUCAAUCACUAAUCAUGGGAUUUAGCAUUUAGCCAAGUGAGUAGAUCAAAUAAUAAAGUUCAAAUAUCCAAAUGGAGUCACAAAGAGGCAAACAUGACUGAACAAUAAGAUACAUAUGUGUAUUGUGAAUAUAUGCAUGUAUGUAUGUACAUACACAUAAAUAUCCAGACAUUUCUAACUGUGGCAAACUACAAAAAACGCAACUCUCAUUAUGAAUAUGUAAAAGCAUCUUUUUAGUUCAAAUUAAAUUUGAGAAACUGUAUUUGAGAAGGUUGUCAAAAAGAAAACCCUUACCAGGUAGUUACUUACCAGUUACCAGGUGGUUUUCAGAAGAGACACUGUCCCUAUAAGCUGUUACAGCUGACAUUCUUGUAGUCUUCAGAAGGCUCUUAACCUUUAGAAUAAAACUAUUAGAGGUGGAACAGGUCUUGGAGAUUAACUAGGUUAAUCCUCUUUAUUUUAUAGAGAAGGCAACUGGGUCUAGAGAAGUUUAGUUUAAAUGUGCCCAAGAUGACUCAGCCAAGUAAAAAGCAUCAGAACUUCUAAUAUUGUAUUCUUCCUUGGUUGAACCACAGUUGGAGUAUUGUAUUCACUACUGGAUACAUUUUAGGAGGGACAGUCACAAGGUAAAACAUAGUCAUAAGUAGCAAUUCUGGUCUUUGUCAAGCCACAGUAAACAUAAUUUCACAUCAGUGAUAAAUGAGGAGACUACAACAGAACUGAGAUGAGAAGGGAAACCUCAGAACAUCACCAGGUCACUGCAAGUAAAAAACAAAAUCAACUUAAGGAGGAAUAAGGUUGGACCAAUCCAGAAAGGACUCCCUAGUACAGAGGGGAAUCUCAUCACCUGUAAAGUUCUUGGGUUAAUUCAGUAUUCUUUAAAAAGUUUCUAUGUGACUCAAAAAAAAAAAAAAACUUAUCAGAAUGUUGCAACAUAUUACAAAUGUAACAAAUUUUUAAAUUGUACAAUUUUAUAAAACAAUUGUUACAAUAUCUAUUGCUAUACUAUUUGCACCUUCAGGUGUCCUAUAGCAAAAUCUCAAUUUCUCCCCACUUACUCAAGUGUACAUCCAGAUGAGACAGGUAUAUUGAGGGAAUUUGAGAUUAUGCCUUAUGAGGAUUAAAGGAACUAGGAAAAUUUAGCCUGAAAAAAUCUACAAAGGACAACAUGACAAGUUUUCAAGAGUCUGAAGAGCUCUGAAGAGCUAUUAUGUGGAAAAAAGAUUAGAUGUAUUCUGCUUGCCAGAGCAAUGUGAACAAGCUGAAGAAAGGUCAAUUCAAGAUCAAUGUAAGGAAAAACUUCCUAACAAUCAGUGCUAUCCAAAAGUGGAAUGAUGCUGCUUCAGAACUUAAUGGGUUCCCUCUUACUAGAGGUAUUUGGAAGCUCUUCACUUGUUGGGGAGGGGGAGCUGUAGGGCAUAGCUAUUCAAAGAUGCACUGAACUGAAUGGCUUCUCAGGUCCCUUUCUACUCUGGGUUGUCUUUUAAAUCCAGAUUUUCUAACUUCCAAAUCUAAUUCAUCUUCCAUUGGCCUUGCAGGGGAAAGUGUGAGCUUCAGCUCUAGCUACAAACAGGAGUUCAUUACCAGGCCCUCCCAGUCAAUUUAGUUUUUUUCCCCCAAUUCCACUUGAGGAUUCAAUAGGCAAAGCCAAUAUUACAGGAUAUCUACUUCUGGGGGGUAGUACACAAUAAGAAUGUGAGAAGGAAUCUGCAACAGCUGCCAAGGAUAAUGCAACUUCAAGUAAAUAAUCUUAUGGAUAAUUAAGAUUUUUCCAAAGAUGUUAAGGAUUUCUGCUUUUAGCUGCUACAGCAAGUAACAUCUCAGGAACUAGAGCAUAAAGUAUUUAUGAGAAUAGCCACAGUAAGAUUACAAAACCAAACUGAAUCUCAUCAGGAGCUAAAUCCAAGUGAGUGCUUUAUAUGUAUGAAGAGGACCAGGUGGUUAGCUGCUUAGUAUUCCUUUUAAAUAUCCUUUUCUCCUCUACAUAGUAACAAAAAUCUCUUCAGACCUAAAGAAUGCAAGUUAUGUUCUCAGAGGAAGUAGGACUGGGCUAAGGGUGGCAGAAUUUAUUGCUGAAAGAGACGUUGGUGACCAUCUUGUCCAAUCAUCUCACAUUCCAUAGAGGCAAAAGAUGAUGAAGAUUGGAUGAUUAAACCAGGGUGACAGAGUGGUGAUAACCCAGAGUUACUGACUCCAAAACUAGGGCUUUUCAUGGACACCUUUGCCGGCAUAUUAAAGAGAAAAAAAGAGCAGCCAGAAUUUUGAUCUGCCUACAAAGUUUUCUAACCCUUUUUAAUAUGUCAUACUUAGUGAUAUAGAAAGGAGUUUUGAGGGUGGUAUCACUUAGCAGAACUUAGAAUUCACUUGGUUUUUUAGUUAAAAUAAUUACUACUUGGAAGAACGUCUACAGAAAUUCUUCAGAGAACAUAAGUGCAUGGACUGAAGGAAGGCCAGGUAUACUGGAUGAAUACCACAAUGUUUUCUCAGGUAAACCAAGAAUACUUUCAACAAUCAAGAAAUCAGAGAAAAAUCAUGACUAUCUCCCUUCCUGUAGCAGUGGAAGGGCAAAAUAUCCCUGAGACACAAUUGAUUACACUUUCAAACUUUUAAGUUAAAUGGGUCAGACUAGUGACAUUAAAUAUUCAAGGAUUCUGUGGACCUCACAAAAAUGUUAUGAAACUUUUGUCCUACAGCAUCCUAUGGCUUCUAAUAUUGGACAUUUAAACCAAAUGGAUAUAAGGAAAGACUUUGGCUGAUUUUGAGAACAGAUUCUCUUGUCACUUUUUCAAUUAACAAAGCCAUGGUGUAUAGCGCUAAGGUCCACAUAAGAAGCCAUACAACUGACAGUCAGUCUCUGGACUUAGGUUCUCCUGUCUCCAAAUCUAAUCUUCCAGUAAAGCCUGAUAAAAUAGGAGCUAGUCCCCAACUAAAAAAAGACCCUGGACAUUUAGAUACAAGACUGACCUAAACUAGAUUAUAGAUCUGGGGACUACAAUAUCGGUAGUGAUCAGCAUUCAGGUCUAUCUGGCUCAAGUAACAAGAGUGAUGUUUUCCAGUCUUUUUUUUCAUGUCAUUCAUAAGGUUUUCCAUAUGAGAAAAUCAUUCCAAAGUGAAGUCUAGUCUUUGCAACAAAGAGAAUUAAAAGUCUAAUGAAACACUAAUGUCAAAAAGUUCUUAGUCAUAGUGGAACAAGAAAGCAUGAUUACUACUUUUUAUAUUGCUCUUUUCUUACUAUUGCCUCCCAUAGUACUGUUAGUGUUUGGGGGGGCUGAAAGAGGGGAGGGGAGCCUUAAAAAUUUGUUCAGACAUGUAUUAGCUUGCUCACUAUCCUCUCCAUAAUCCAACCUCCCAAAUCAAAAACUAAAAUUGGUUAUCUUACAAUACAAUAUACAACAUAAAAUAUUGCUUAACACAGAUUAAUAUAUAUUCUAGAUAGAAAUUUAUAAUCCUAGACAUUAUGUUCAAUACAAUGUGAAAUAUCUGUAACAUUGCCCUUAAAGAAUACUUAGAAUACUAUAAUGAAUUAUACUUAAGAGACAUACAUUCUUAGCAGCCCAAACUUUAUGUUUGUUAUGUUAUGUAUCUUACCCUGCAAAUCACCCCAAGGUAGCACUAUAAAGCUCCAAUCAAAAAUUCAUAAACAAAAACCCUAAGACUUGGGUUCUCCUAGGCUGCUGAAGGUCUUCUUCAACUCAUAGUAUCACACAUUUAGAGCUGGACCAUCGGAGUCAUCUAGUCUCACCUCUUUACAUUAAAGAUGAAAAAAAUGAGUCCUAGGGAAGUGCUUUUUCAGGGAUUUAAAUCCAGGUCCUUUGACACCAAGUUCAGCAGUCCUGCAAAUGCCCCAAAAUUUGGGAAAGGACUGUCACAAGUCUAUUAGUACUGCUAUAAUCAAAUGUCACUUAGGACACAUAGCUGGAGAAGGGCUAUCAAAACAAGAAAGUUGGUCUGUCACAGUACUCAAAGAGAUUCUUCACAAAAGUCUUUAAAUAAGCCCACUUUCACUUUCAUGCUAUUGCUGCCACAUCUCAGAUCUUCCCCACCACCCAAGAACAUUGGCAGAAGACGAGGCUACCAUGAGAAAAAUCGCAAAAAUGCUUUCCUUUCCAGUGCCCUGAGUGGGGCCCAUAAUCAAUGAAACUGAUUGAUUAAGCUCCAAUUACAAUUACUAUUACAAAGUAACUGCUACUUAAACACACUUAAGGCAGAGCAUCUUUUCAAAAUGUCAGAAGAAAAAAAAGAUGAGCAAAUAAUUCCUAGUUUUUAUUUUGGCAAAAAUAAUGAUAAGCUACAUAAACAGAAGUGUCCUUUCUUUUCUGGAAUUAUUAGGUACCUUCUUAUUAGGAAACAGUGUUGUCUAGGAAAGGGUUUGAGAAUAUAUUGCUAACAAAAAGGCUUCUCCUUUAAGUUUGUCAAUGCUCCUUAAUGCACUUUUCUAAGCACUAGAUUUCAAACAUAUAUAAAACCAAAACUCAUCUUUAAAAACCCAAUUAGCCUAUACUAGCAAUGUGUACUGGAGUCUGAAAUUUUUUUAGAGAAAAGUCAUCCAACUUAAUCUACCUCAGCUUUUCUUGAAGUUUUUUUUUAGCUGCAUUAUGAAAACCUUAAGAAUUUAUAAGAUUUCUAAGGAUAUUCUUCAAUUUUGCUCUCCACACUUCAGAAGGACAGUUGGCUAAUCCUUCAGAUUAUAUAUAUAGUCAAGUUUAGUGCCUCGCCCAGCAAUAUACACAAAAAGGCACUUAAAACAUUUCUGUAAUAUGGUGAUGCUCUGUAUAACUAGGAGGUAGAUAAUUAUUUGCAGCUCUUCACUGUUAGUAUUUUCCUCUACAAAUUACAACCUCCCAUCCCAUACCAUGCUGACUUAGAUGAUCUUUGGAAGUCAAAAAUGUAUUGCUCUGUGGUCAAUCUGGCAACGACUCUCUCCAAAUUUAGCUAAACUCACUCUCAAGACAACAAACACAUAGUCUACCACCAAGUUAGCUUCAUAGGGUUAUUCAGAGAUUGUUUCAUAUGUAGUGGCACAUGGAUCUACAGAACAUUGGAUUUGGAGUCAGAAAUAACUGCAUUUGAAUCCUGCUGUAUUCAUUUAUUUGCUCAGUAUUGAGCAAAUCACAUAACCUCUUAAUCUGUUUAUUCAUAUAUAAAAUUAAGAUAAUCAUAGCACCCAUCUCACUGAGUAGUUGGGAAGAUCAAAUGAGAUUAACUAUUAUUACAGCCAUUAAGAAUAUAUGACAAUAAUUAUGGUUAAAAUCUGUUGUUCAUUUGCACAAAAACAAAAUAAUUUGAAAAGCUUGUAUGUACCUAAAAUGCCUUAGCCCAAGAAACAAGGGGUUUAUUAUUUAUUGGAGUGGAUGAAUAGAAGAUAAGAUUGUAGGGGACAGUUACAUAUCUAGGAUCUCACUCAAAUCUCCGGUAUUCUUUAAUUAAUUACUGAAUUUUUUAUUCAAACUCUGCUUCUGUUGACUGUUAUAGGGGGUUAAGUUUGGGAAGGAGACAGCAAAAAAGCAACAUAUUAUUAGAAAUGCAUGAAUUUGGUGAAAUAGCAGAUAAAGGAGAGAAUCAAAAGCCAGAGAGGGCAUAUGCCCCAUCUCUGACACCUCACUGCAUCAAUACUGGCAAAUUGUUCAACCAACUUCAGACAAUUCUUUAAAUCUUAGACAGGUUAUAAUCUAUUGGUUUUGAGAAAAUUCCCACAUCAACAAAAUAACAGGUCUUUGAAAAAUUAACAUAUGUUGAUGAACUAUUAUCACCUGAAGACUUAGCUAUGCAUGUUAAAAUUUUUAUUUUGUAACAAAAACUUGAGAGUCUUUCAAGAGUUCGAGAAACCUCAGCUAUCUAGUCCAACUUGUAUCUGAGAAAAAAAUCCUUCUCUAUACACAUUUCCAAUAUAAGGUCAUCCAGUCUCUCAUAUUCCCAAGGCAACUCUUUCUACUUUUAGACAAUUCUAGUCUCUAUUUCUCUGUGCUGAGUUGAAAUAAGCUUCUAUAACCCCCACCCCAAGAAUAAAAGCAAAACUGAUACCCAGGGAGCUUCUGCAAAGAUCAGAGAACCAGAAAGUCAAGGGAUUCAGAAAUUAUAAAAGAAAUUGGAUAUUACCAAUUCAAGAAGGUAUUUAAGAAAUAUGAGCAGACAUGUUUAAGGUCCUAAAAUACUUUAUUUAUGUAUAAUCCUCAUUUCAGCAAAACCUUGCAAACUAGGAAAAGGCACCACUUGCUUAAGAUUUUUUAUAUCACAGGAUCAUAAGUUUAGAAUCUAAAAUGCAUUUAAGGGAUAAUUUCAAUUGUUUUCUCAGUUUAGAGAAUUGAAAACUAAAAUGCCUAGAAAGUUAAUGAUUUGUCCCAGCCCAAACGUAAUAAAAGGCAGAACCAGAUUUCAAUUUCAGUUCUUUUGACUCCAAAUCUAAUGUUCUAUUAGUACAUUAUACUGCUCUCAACUAUUACUGCUGGGUGAUCUACAAUUCUGAUAGGUAUGGGAAAAUGCAAAAGUGAUGUAAAAUAACAGAACAGCUAGUAUAAGGAAGAAGCAGGUGUGUGUCUUAUACCUGUUAAGGAAAAUACUACACAAAUAGUACAUACAGCUGGUGAGAAUACUAAUUUUCUUAUUACCAAGAAUGGUUUUGCUUCUCUGAAGGUUUUGCUUGAAAUUUUGCAAUAUUUAUGAAUUUUGCAAAAUUCCUAGCUAGUUUCUGGCACGGAGAGAAAAGAUUUAAAAUUUUAAUUCAUUUUCCGGUCCUACACAAGAAAUAUUCCAAAGAUUUUUUGGACUAAAGCUGUGAUUUCAUUGGUUCAGGAACUUCUAUUAAGGAAACUCUCAUCAGCCUUUACAGAAUUUCCCAGGGCAGAGUUAGUAGUAUGUGUCAAGAGACUCAAACAUAAGUCUUGAUGACUGCAAAGCUAAAUCUUUAAUCACUAUGCCUCACUGCCUAUCAGCAGGAUAAAAUUUCAAAAAUGAAUUUCAUUUAAAGUAUGAUAUUCAAAAGAAAAAUGGUAUUGUAUUUAAAAAGUGAAACCAAGACAAAUUAUACACUUAGAACACAAAAGAUGAUACAAAAUUACAAGUGCCCAAGUCUGAAUUGGUCUGAAUACCCUAAUUCUGAUAAAGAAUUUAUUAUUUUUACGUACUAAGAUUUUCAAGAAGAAAAACAUCUCAUUAGAAUGAGGCAGACAACCCUUAAAAAAAAACCCAUAAUGGCAACAACAACAACAAAACAAAAACUGAUUAAAAGCUCUUAGUUACCUGCCAAGACAAACGGACAUUUUUUUUAAAGUAAAAAAAACCUACAUGCAAGGCUUGAUCCAAUAUUAGAAUAGUCUACUUACAAUUAAACAGCACCAAAAUUUUCCCAGCCAGGUUGUUUUAAUCAUACCCAAAGAACUGUUAUUCAAUAUUUAAGUUCCUUUCAAACAAAACAAAAUCCACAAGAGAACUUGCAAUCAACUUGCAAUCCCUCGAGAGAAAAAUUACUUUUACCUACUGUCAUGAAUGACUUAAAAAAAAAAUGUACUUAAGUGCAAUACAACUGAACUUCUUUCUCCCAACCACAAGGACUAAGGGAUAUUGAAGUUCCCAGUGACAUGCAAAUGAACAAAUAGGAUGCAUUCUUUGAUUGUAAAAGUGUUAAUCAAGUAACAGAAUGUUGGACUCCAUUUCCCACUGCCUAACAACUACUGUUGAAAAUAAUGCUUCAAACUUCUCUUGAAUUCCAGGCUUUGAGAAGACCUGAGAGAACUGUAGCCACAAUCUUAAGGCAAUUAAAUAAAAGAGAGAUCUGAAAUUAGUUCAUCUUUUUUAAAGAAACAUGCUACAAAUAAGUUAUAGCUAUCUCCUGUCUAGUUAUCCUAUUAUUUUAAACACUAUUUUCAGUGUAAAUUAAAAUUAAUUUCCAUUUUUGUUGUUAAAAUUAAUAAAGCUUACCAUCUGAAUUGACUGAAAUUUUGACUUUUUAUCUCCAGACUGAAAUCAACAAAAGGAUUUUCCUUCCUUUAUUCUUUUGGGAGGAGCACAGAGUUGAAGUAACAUGGGAUGUUGCCUAAUUGUAUUUUGGCUCCUUUCCCAUUUGCAGAAUUAGUAAACCCAUAAUCUCAAUUUAUGGCAGUUUAAACUGAGGCCAGAAUAUACUUCAUAGAGUGAACCAAAAGCCUUUUUGGUCCCUAGUUAUUUCCCAGGUAUUUCCUUAUAUAUACAUUAUACAAGAAAGUCCAAUGAAGGAAAAUUAUCGUCCAGCAUGAUGGAAAUAAUGACUAAUGAAUUAGGAAAAAGUCAAGAAAAGCAUGCAAUGUCUAGUAUAUGAAGCAAUGAAUCAAUGAACUGUUUUUAGUGUUGGUGUUUAAAUGAUGUCAGGAAAUCUUUUACACUGAUAGGUUAAAAUAAGGAAAAUGCUUUGUAAAUUGUCAAGCACUAUAGAAAUGUAAGAUAUUUGAUGACUAGAAUGAAAACAGGCACAAUUCUCCUCCUAGGCACAAAUAAAAUGGGCAUUCCUUACAUUCUUCAUGCAAGGAAGAGGGAGAAGGGAAGAAUCAUUCCAUCCUCCUGUGAGGACAUCUGGUUUCACUGUUCCCAUGCAGCCCUAAAAUGGAGUCUGAGUCAGGGUCCACAAAAGAAUGACUGGUUAGCCCUAUGCUAUUCUCUUUCUCAACAAAGAUGCCCCUUGACAUUGUUCUGCAGGGAAAAACCCAUACACUUAUUCCAAAACAGUUGUGCAUUUGAAGCACAACCUGCCAUCAUGACAACUGGCUUGUGUUUUUUUCUCCCCUAGUCAGGAGUAGUUUUAGAGAACAGGCCUUCUGAAGCUAAAAAUGGAAACAGGGGUCAAUAAUUCAGUAGACAUUUCCAGAGGCAGGAAGACAAAAGAACUGUGAAUCAAGUACAAUAUAAGAGAUUUUACUGUAUUUACUAAAUUAUUGCCUAGUGCUCCAGAAGUCAAUAACAGCAUAAGCCUGCCUACCACCAGCUUGAUAAAAGGUACCAAAAUUAGUUGGUAUGAACAUAAAAAAAUUUCAACAUACAGAAAAGGGAAAGCAAUGCUGAAACACAAUGCUAGGAACGAUUUUUCCCAUUUUUUCCCUUGAUGGAUGAGUUUUGAAUAACAGUAGUUAAAAUCAAAAAACAUAAAUACUGCACUUUUGUUGCCAUAGAAAAAAAGCUGCAUUUGGAGGCAUAGUAUGCAGUAGAAAUUUUUUUGAAAUAGUCUAAUUUGGUUUGUUUACAAAAACUUAUUCUAAAUUCAAAAGGUGCUGUUCUUCAUGGAUGGCUGCUUUAUUCAUUGUUCAAAUCAUUUAAACAUAGCCAUUUAUGUUGGAUUUCUGGUUUUUUUUUUUUUUUUUU